AUGGUCGAUGCUCCCUCCAAGAGAAAACGGCUCUCAACACCAGCGGAAGUGCUGGUGGAUCGACUGGCUUCAUCCGUAUAUGAAAAGGCCAGGAAGGGUGAUGGAAUUUCUCUGGAUGGAUUUCCGGACUUUGCCCCAGUUCUAUCUGAGAUCUCGAACCUUGGCAGUGGUGAUUCUGCCAAAGGUGUCUCCGGCCAGAAUUUCAAAGUGACAACGCUGCAUCCAUCUGGUUCACUCAUCAUUCAAGAGCAAUUUCUGCAGCAAUUUGAUGAGAACCCUGAGUUUGAAGAGAUAGUGACGGACCACAAUGCGAGCUACAACACCGAAAACCUGAGAAUCAUAGACAAGGUUCAAGCUGCACCUGCUCCUGCUUCUGAAAAUGUCAAGGUGGAGACUGUGGAGCCUGACAAUGGCAAGGUGCUUACAGCAGAAUCUUUGGCUACUUUGCCCAACGCGUCGGAACUGGUGUUGAAUAGCCAGAUUGGCCUCGUGCUCGCUGAUGGCGGCAAGGCAGCGUACCUCAGGGCUGGACCCGAACAAACAGUGCUACCAAACUUCAGGGAACUCUUUUCAUUUGGGUCUGGCAUGUGGUGUGAUGGGCAAGAUGCAGUUGGCGCAAUGGCUGAUUCACAUGGUUCGUGGCUGAAAUGCCAUGCUGAAUUGUCUUCUUCGGUGAUUUUGGAGAAGAAGAAGAUCGCUUCCCACCUCACUGAGCUCCCAUGCUUGGACAAAGCUGUGACGCUGAAAGAGUUGCUCAUGAGCCUGGAAGAUCAGGGGGAAGUCACUUGA